AUGGGUUGUGCAAUUGCUCGAGAACGAGGCAACAGGUUGUUCAUUUUAAAUGAUGUCCAUCAAGUAUUGACAAAUAACCAGAGCUAUGGACAUGUUCAAGCCAUAUCCAUUCACUGGCUUUACUGGUGUGAGAUGGAAUAUGCAAAUUUCGAAAAGAUGCAUCAACAACUGAGAUGGCUAUGUGUCGAUAAUUGUGUCGAUAAUCGUGGGCCCUUAUAUCAUGGUUUACCUGCAUUAAUUCGUUCUCCUGGUCUUCCCAAUUCUCUUAAAUAUCUUCGCUGGUGCCAAUAUCCUUUGAAAUCUUUGCCAUCAAAAUUUUCUGCUCAAAAUCUUGUUGUCCUUGAAAUGCCGUCCAGCGAAGUUGUGGGGCCACUUUGGAAUGAAGACCAGAGUCCUCCUGUGAACUUGAAAUGGAUCAAUCUUGAAGGCUGCAUGUAUCUAACUAAAGUCCCAGAUCUCUCUCGGAGUCUACAAAUUAAACAUAUAGAUCUGAAAAGGUGUGGAAGUUUGGUUGAAAUUCCUUCAUAUUUUCAACAUCUUGGCAAGCUUACUUAUCUUGACCUUGGGCAGUGCACAAAUUUCAAAAAUCUUCCUGAGAUGCCAUGCAAUCUUGAAUUCUUAAAUUUGUCUUCUACAGCAAUAGAGGAAUUGCCUUCAUCAGUUUGGUCUCACGAAAAAAUAUCUCACUUAGAUAUUAGAUAUUGUGGACACCUUAAGAGUCUUCCAAGCAACACUUGUAAGCUGAAACUCUCUCUUAGUCUAGAAGGCUGCGAAUCUCUUUGUGAGUUUUGGGAGCUUCCCAGGGAUACAACAGAGCUAGCGUUGAGUAGUUCAACAAUAAAAGAAUUGAGGAAUGCAUCAAUAGAGUCUGUCGUUGGUCUCACUGCAAUUAAACUGCAUUAUUGCGAAAGUUUUGUGAGUCUCCCGACGAACAUUUGGAAGUUGAAAUCUCUGAAGAGCCUUGAUCUCGGGAAUUGUUCUAACUUUCAAAACUUUCCAGAAAUCUCGGAGGUUAUGGAAUAUCUAGAGUUUCUAAAUUUAUCAGGCACCGCGGUUAAAGAGAUACCCCCAUCAAUUAGAAAUCUAGUUGCGCUUCAAGAAUUAGAUCUCCACGACUGCAAGAACCUUGAGGUUGUUCCCGAUGAGCUCUUUUGCUUAACCUCAUUACAAGUGUUAGAUUUGAAUGGGACCGAAAUUAAGAGCUUACCUGCAAGCAUCAAACAAGCUGCUCAGCUUUCUGUCCUGCUCCUCAACCAUUGUAAGAGCCUUGAAUCUUUACCAGAGCUCCCCCCAUUGCUUCAAUGUCUUCAAGCAGAAGGUUGCACGUCACUGAAGACAGUGUCAAGUUCAACCACUGCACUCGCACAAGGUUGGGGAAAAUAUAAAUUUUCUCGAGGGCAUAAAGAGAUAUAUAUAUAUUUUGAUUGCAUAAGGUUGGAUGAGAAUGCACGAAACAACAUAAUGGGUGAUGCACAGCUCAGAAUUAUGCGGAUGGCAACUGCGUGGUCAAAGUUUAAAGAAGACAAAAUGAAAAAGCAUCAUUUAAUUCAGAUGAUCUCUCUCUCUCUCUCUCUCUCUUCUGUUGAAGAAGUUGAAUCUAACGUUCGCAUUAGAUGUUGUGGGAGUGAAAUUCCAAAAUGGUUCAGCCAUAAAAGUGAGGGAUGUUCAAUAAAGAUUGAGCUUCCUCGUGAUUGGUUUAGCACAGAUUUCUUAGGUUUCGCUCUAUCUCUGGUUGUUUCAUGCCAAGAAGGUUAUUAUAAUACAUGGUAUUUGAGUAGUGGAUGCAAGUACAACUUCAAAACUAGUAAUGGUGAAAGCCAUGAAGUCGACCAUCUUUUUCAUCAUGCGCAACGUGAAUUACACUCACCAAACAGAGAUCCACAUGAGGUGUGGGUGUGGUGGUAUAAUAAUGUCUUUGAAGAAGUUGUACAGGGAGCUCAAAGCCCCACUGCAUUUUACAAACUUGUUACUGAGGUCACUGUUGACUUCAUCGUAACUGAUGAGUAUUCCGGACCCCUUCUGAUAGAAAAGUGUGGGAUAUGUCUGUUGUAUGGCAAAGAUGUUGAGAUGAUAAAGCAGAAGGCUUUGUAG